CUUCCGCUUUCCUUCCUUCUUCUGCUUUCUUUCCUUCUUCCGCUUUCCUUCCUUCUUCUGCUUUCCUUCCUUCUUCCGCUUUCCUUCCUUCUUCCACUUUCCUUCCUCCUUCCACUUUCACUACACCUUCCACUUUCCUUUUUUCUUUAUCUUCAUCUUCAAUCUCCAGUUCAGUGUCUUCCUGCUCUUUUUUAAGCUCAUUUUCUUCUGUCAUUUUUAAGUUGACAUUUUUCUUUGACUCAUCUUCAUUCACUACAUUCUCUACAAGAGUUUUUUCAGAGCUUUCUUCUGAAAUAUUCAAAGAUCCUUCUUCUUGGCAUUUAUUUUCACCAUUUAUCUCCUCCUUCACAAACACGUCUUUUGUUGCCGUAUUUUGUUCACCAGCAUUGACAGCUUCCUUGCACGCUUGAUCUUGUGUCUUCUGAGCCUUUAAGACAGCUGCAUUCUGAGAUCCACCUUCAUCUUUUUUAGAGCUUUGUUCAUCCAAUCGUUUCUUCUGAACAGAAGCUCUAGUCACCUUCCUCUGCUCUUCUUCAGGCACUCUCUUCUUAGCUUCUUCAACAUGUUUCAUUUUAUCACUGUUUAAUUCCUGAUUACAGACCUUUUUAUCAUUAUCUGCUUUGACUUUUUCAUCCUUGCUUCUUCUUGUAUCCAUCUUCUUCACUUCUCUCACCUGCUCCAGCUUUGCCAUCACUUCUUCCUCAUUUUUCAACUUUUGGGUUCUACUCUCCGCACCUUUUUCAUUAUCACUUUCUUCAUUCUCCUUUUUUGGUUCUCUCUUACUUACAGUAUCUACCCUUCCAUCUUUCAUUCCUUCUUCCGGUUUCUUCUCUUCCUUAUUACUCUGUUCAGAUUUUUCAAGUUUUUUCUCUUCCUUACUAUUCCCAUUUCUCUUUGCUUUACUUUCUUCUUUUUUAGUCUUUUCCUCACAAUUUCCAAUUUUCUCCUCAUCCUUCUUUCCCUCUUCCGACUUCUUUUUCUUGUCACUUUCUUUCUCAAUAUUCUGAUUUAUUGCUUCUUCAGUCACCUUAUUUUCAACUUUACCUUUCUUUUCCAAACAUUUUCCCUUCAUAUCAGGUUUUUUCUCAGUGGUCCCUUCAACCGUACUUUCCUCUCUCUUUCCUCCCUUCUCACUUCCUGUUGAUUUGUCAUCAGUCUUUUCUGUUCCCAUCUCCUUCUUCACACCUUUUGGAUUAGCUGGAACAUCCGUCUUCGGAACCAAUUUAUUUUCAACUCCUUGUUCCAACUUCUUUCCAUCUUUCGUUCUAUUUUCAGCAUCUUGCUCUGUAUCUUCCACCACUGACAUUCUCCUACAUUCUUUUUCUUCCUCAGUCUUGUCAGCCUUAUUUUUAAUACUUACAGUGUCUUCAGUCUGAGCCUCUACACUCUUAGCACCAUCAGUUGUUGAAGCUUCAUUUUCAACAGACUUUUUAUUUUCAAGGACACUUAGUUUGGUCUCUAGGCUUUUCUUAAUUGCAGCCACAUCACACACAGUCUUGGAGAAUUUAGACAAACCUCUGUUACCAAUUGUUUUCACAGUGGUAACUGGAGAGACAGAUUUAUCAACAUUUUCUAUAGGAACUAAUUUUUCAACAGCCUUUACACAUGGUGUAUUGGCAUUUUCAACCCUAACAUCUUUAGGAUUCAAGGUACUUUUACAGGAUUUGUCUGCUAUUGUAAUUGCUUUAGAUGCUGAAAUGUUCUUCUUCUUUCCUGAUGAAUUUUCACUGCCAAUAGCCAAGUCUUCAGUCUCUGAAUUUGAAGAUUUUUGAUGACUUCUUAAAGCAGAUUUUGUCUUUGCUUUCAAAUUUUUCAUGCCACUUUCUGUCAUGCUUACAGAAUCACCCUCUGACACAAAACUGCUAUUUGAUGCUUCAUCGUCAGAACACUGUGGAGUUGGAAGUUUUGGUUUUGGCUUGGUAGAACCUGCAGAGAUUAAAGCUGUGGCCUUCUGGGCAGAUGAACGAACAGAACGUCUCACAUUCAAUUUUGAUUCGUCCAUCGAAUCACACACUUCAGAAUCACCACCAGGUAGUUCCGAUGUUGGUUCAACCUCUGAAACAAACACAUUAGGAACAUUGUCACUUGGUUGGCUGGUUUUAUCUUCUGUUUCUGCAGUCUCAGUCUCCGAAGAAGCUUUAACACAUGUAUUGUUAGUUGACUCGGUCACAGUUUUCUUUGGUUCUCUUUUUACUGCCUUUGCCUUGGAACUCGUAUUGUCAUUUACCUCCUCUUUGACAUGCAAUUCACUUUUAACUUUCUUGUCAUGACCCCCUGUAGAACUUGAUACACUACUUCUCCGAGAAUUAUUCAUCGACGAGUUUUCAACAUCUGAAAGUUCUUGUUCUAAUCGAUGCAACGCAUCCUCAAAUGUGUCACCUUUUCCCACCUCAAAUUCAUCAGGAGACGUUGAUGUUGCCUUGUCUACCUUUCUAUUUGGUUCACCAUUUGUGUCAUCUGUUUCCACUUUGGGGCCAUCUUUUUGACUGCUUUCUUUCCCAUCUUGCCCCAGCUCUUUAAGGGAGUUAACUCGGGAUUUAAUAGUAGCAGGUUUCACAACUUUGGAUUUGUCUUCCCUUUCCUUAUUCAUUUCUCUUUUGUAAAAAAUUGUUGGUAUGAAAACGUCUCUCAUCGGUACACUCUGCACACGAUCUUUGGCUUUAGAAGGAUUUGCAUCCGGAUUCAGAGGACUGAAUCUCAUUGGUCCAGUGUAACUCACACCACUGUUCGAAGUUUCCAACCCACCACAAAAGUUAGAGUUUGUAUCCUUCACCUUUUUCUUAUCACUACUCCCUCUGUCACCCUCGACAGCCUGGGCACGGCGCUCUUCUCUUGCUCGAGAUAUUUGCUGCAAGAUUUGGCUAACCUGUCCCCGUUUCAUUAGUGCAGAUAUUUUGUGUGAGAUUGUUUUUCCUAGAUUCGAGUCACUAUUCAUUUCAGAAGGGUCACCUUCACUGCGUGUUUCCUGCAGGAAACUUUCUUCACUCUUGACAUCCGUAGAGCACAACCCUGGCAUUUUGAUAUCGUUGUCUAACUCACCAACACUGAUUCUGUUCAAUUCCGCAACUGGUGAUUCACAGGUGCUAAUAUCACUUUCAACAGGUCCAGGACUAUUCACUUUGCUGCUCAAGCUCACGACAUCAUCUUCUGGUUUCUCUUUGGGAGUACUGGUUGUGCGUCGACGACCAAGGCGAUAUUCGAGUGGAACUUGGGCAUCAUCAAAAACCCAUCCUAAAAUUGAAGAGCGUUGCUUUCCACUUCUUAAUACAUGAAUAGGUGUGUCAGAACGAGUACGGUACGGAGAGACAUGGUUCUUAACACCAUUUGGUUGGGGGUUCACCUUCACAUUGCGAAGUUUUCGCUGGGCCUUAGGACUGUGAGGUUCACGUGACACUGGGGGCAAACUAGCAGAUCGAAAACGAGCACUUCUUGAAACUAGUGGAUUUCUUUCCUGAGAGGAGUCGUCUGUUGUUUCUGUGGUUUUCCUUGUCCGUGCUCGACCAAUUGGCUUUUUCAGCUCAAUGUCAGAUGCUGAAUCACUAUUUUUGCGAUUUUCUUUCUUCACAUCAGGUACAUCUGUUGCUUUAUCUAGUGCUUUAGAAUCACCCACCUGCUUACCGACACUACUUCUCGUCUCUCUGGAAGCCAUUGCAAGUGACAACCAGCAUUUGUAGCUUGUGUACCUGGAAAAUAAAGAAAAAUAAAAAUAAAAUACUGUGUAAAAAACACUACAUUACACACUCCAUACAUAAAUACACAUUUUGCGCAACUAGUACACGCCCGAAACUAGGUUCCGUUUGCGGACAAAGUAGCAGGCGAAAUAUACACAGACAUUACGGAAAAUCAUAUGGUACAAAACACAGAUUACACUCAUUUAGGACUUACUACAGCCGGCAGCAUGACCACGCAUCGCCACAAAAACGCAGCUACCAAGUAACUCCCUGCUUUUUACAUUAUUACAUGCUGUCAACAAAGCGAAUGGGACGAGGCACGGCUUUACAAAAACUUUAGGGCAUAAAUAAACAAAAGACGAUCAACGACGAACGCAGAUUUGCAGUGAAAUUUUGCUGUCCCAUAGAUCUUCUUCAACUAGUCCUAUCAUUAAAACUUCACUCCCAGAAGAAACAACAUACCUUUUGGCACAUUCAGAACAAUAAAAUUCACUAGAAAAUAUCUUCUACACAGUUCAACAAUCCUUCCAAAACCGUGAUUCUCGCAUCGCAGUAUGCAGUACCAUCUUCCUUCGCAGCGCGGUAGUUAGCGCCACCUAUGCAGCGAUAGGCACGUAGUCAUCUCGCGUAUCAAAGUGUUAAAAUUCAUGUCCAACUUACCUAAAAUACUCUCAUUGAUAAAUUCUACCUUGACUUUUCCCCUUAGAACUGCUGAGAAAUAAAAACUAUCAUUGUACAAAAACAACUUCAUCAUUGACACCGAAAUUUUACAAUGCAUAAUCCUCGGACGCUAUGCGUCCAUGUUGAAAAAAGUCCGAAUCCGGAGGGCGCGAAGCGUAUCAUACAAACAUGGCAGCAUUUAGGUUAGCCAUAAGCUCGGGGUUCCGGAUUAAUGCGUUGAAACCUAGAAGAAUUACUGCCUGUGUGCCCUUCCGCAUAGUAGAACACACACAUCCUAUUCCUAUUUUGACGGUUGCAGCGUCUCAUAGGACGAUAAUUAGUGCAGCAGAUAGUGCCAAAGAAAAAUCGGCCCCUGCAGGCAGAGAGUACAGUGAGUCACAAGACCCUGAAGAAUGGAAAUAUGUGGAGAGGCUUAUUCCUCCUGUAGUAGUUCCCGAGCCUGUGCUCCGUGACAGCUAUCCUUCAGGAUGGAUACCACCCACAGAUGAAUCUUUGAAAUAUCCUUACUUUAUUGGAAGAAGUAAAAAUCACAUGCCUUCUGUUUAUCUAAGAAUAGGCCACAGAGGAAUCGGUAAACGCACAUUUAUCAGGAAGAUUAAAGGGGAUAUUUGGGCUCUUGAAAGGGACCUAAAAGAGUAUCUGGUUGAAAAAACAGGAAAAAUUAUUAUUACACAAGUCAAUGAAAUGUGUGGAUAUAUAGUAUUUAGAGGCGAUUAUGUUUUACUCUGCUUAGAUUGGGUUAAGAGUAAAGGAUUCUAAUGAUGUAUUUUUCUUGGUCAUGAGAAUUUCAAAUAUUGAAUGUUCUGGAUUUGUAGAUAAUAUAGAAUAUUGUGUUAUUAAUAUUGUAUUAGUGUAAAUGAUACAAAAUAAUUGUACUCUUCAUGAAGUGUGAAAUAAAGAAAACAUUUCUUUUUAUACCUUGGUUUGUUGGUUAACACCCAUUUGUAAUUGAAAUUACAUGCAUCCUGAGCUGGCCAUAACUAGGCCAAAUGUUCCUAAUAAUGCAAUGUAGUGAAAUGCAUUGCAUUCUCUGGCUCCAAUAAGCAAUCGUUCAUAAGAGUUUCAUGACUUCAUCUGAUUAAGAAAGUUGAAGUCCCUAUUAUCAGAACUACUCUCUUAGUAGUCUGGAAACAUUGCAAGAAAUUUUUGUUAAGGUCUGGGUAUCAGCAAAGAAACAUACACAACAUUGUCAGCACAUUAUUGUGAAAUUGCAGGCACAUUGAUUUUUUAAAUGCAUUUUAUGUAGAAAAGUGUUAGAUUUUGUUUGGAUUGGGUACUAUUGUCACGUGACUCAAUAUUUGUAACUUGUACUUAUGAAUGAAAUCAUUGUAUGUUUAUCUCUAAAUGGACAAUUCCUGUCUACAAACAUGAACAUUUUUAAUGUAAUUAAAAAUAUGAGUUUAAUAAUAAUUACAAGAAUGAUGACCCACUUACCAAAAUAAAUAAUUAUUUUGUAACAUGAGAGUUGACAUUCGGAGUUGUGGUGCAAAAAAUAAAGGAUGUGGAACCUUGAUUCAUUGUAUAUUUGUAAGUAAAUUUUUUGUAAUAAAAAUUGUUAAUCCACGAGACAUUGUGCCUAACCCACACAUGACAUCGGGAUUCAAUUUUGUACCAUUCCAUUCCAUACUUAGUGUAAUUUCUUGGUUUUGCAAAUCACACAUAAUUUAAUGUCAC